AUGGUAUCCUUCUCUGGAAAAGCAACGAGAAAGCUCAUCGUUGCAGUAGCUCUCUCUCUUAUUGUCAUUGUUGUCCAUCACCUCAGCUAUGCCGACGAAUCUGUCCUCGCCGGUGAGUUGUCUGAAUCCGUCAACAUCAUCAACGGAUGCUCUCGUGCUGCCCUCAACCCCAUCGAUACCCUUACUCCUGCCAUCGACCCCGGAAUACCCAACACCAUCCACCAAAUCUGGAAAACAGCCAAUGUCGAAGACUACUCCACAGAAAUCAAACCCUCUCACCACGCAUGGAAGACCAUGUUCGAACCCCUGAAUUACACCGUCAAGCUUUGGACAGACGACGACAUCCUCAACCUCGUCAAAGACAAAUACCCCUGGCUCCUGCAGACAUAUCUAGGCUAUCCCCAUAACAUCCAACGCGCCGACAUCGCCAGACUCCUCAUCGUCCACACCGAAGGCGGCACCUACGCAGACCUAGACGUCUACCCCUCGUCAGCAGAACACAUCCAAUGCCUCCAACGCCUCGGGAUGCAAUCCGUAUUCGCCCCCACGGGUGGUACAUCCGGGCUAAGCAACCACUUCUUCAUGGCCGAGCGUGCGUCUCCGCUGCUGGAGUGGGCGCUCUAUGAAGCUAAGCGGAGAGGACGCGGUCUGGCGCUGCAAAGGAUUGUUCUGCCGUACCUGCUUGUCUUCUGGUCGACGGGACCGAUAAUGUUAACGGCGGCAGUGAGGAAAUAUGCGUGGCUGUAUGAUACAAUACCGGGGAAUAUAGCGCUUUUGGACGAGGGGUAUAGCGGUGCUGUGAUUCGGCAUGUUGCUGGACGGUCAUGGCAGGGUGUUGAUGGGCAGGCGUUGAAUUAUAUUGCGGAUCAUGCGGGAACAGAGGUACUGCUACGGAUUAUUGCAUAUCUAUUCGUGAUUGUGGGACUUGUCUGUGUUAUUAGGAGAUAUUAUGGUAGAUGCUCUACGAGAUGA